UAAUCAUCGCAAAACGGUACACGUAAGGGUUCGCUCGUAUGUAUGCGAUAUUUGCCAGAUGGGAUUCUAUACUAGCAGCACACUUAGCUCCCACAGGAAAGGCGUACACAGCGAGAAGCAGUUCAAGUGCAGCAAGUGUGAUAAAAAGUUCAGCCGACGAUCGGAUUUACUGCUGCACGAGAUGACCCACAUCGACGAGCGGCCUUUUGCAUGCGAUCAUUGCUCGAAACGGUUCAAAACGGUUGCGCAUCUGCGUCACCAUCAGCUCGUGCAAACGGGCAACCCACCGAUCAAGUGCAAGUACUGUGGCGAAGGGUUCACCAGGUACAGUGACCGUCGAGUUCAUCAGUUAAAGCACGAGAACAUUGAAGCCUAUCUCUGUCCGUACUGUGGGAAGAGUUUCCAGCGUAACUAUCAGCUGCAAGUGCACAUCCGCAAGACUCACACGUUCGAACGACCGUUUCAGUGUGAUCUUUGUGACAGUAAAUUCAUCCAACGCUGGGAACUAACGAAGCACUGUGAAAAGGAACACACCGGUGAAGGUUCCCCCAAUGGGCCAUCGAUUAGUGUCGAUGCAGUGGAAGUAAAUGAAUAGAACAACCUUUAGCUGAAGAUCGCUACCAGCAGUAGCUGAAGGUGCUGAAUAUCCGAAGGUUUCAUUCUCGUAUCGGGAAUGUAACGGUAGAUUCGUUAAUAUGUUG